AGUAAGCACCAUGAAGACGACAAUACAAUUUAUCUUUGCCUUUCUAACUAUGGGUGUUUGUAUUUCAGGAGACUGUAAUGCUGGUCAUGGAAAAACAACAUGUAUCACAGAAGAUCUACUUCAGAUGUUCAUAAGAGUUAACAGACAAAGUGACAUAAAACCAGGACGAAAGGAGAGAACUGCUUUCCUGGCCUUCUUGAAAAAUAAUCCAGUUUUGUCUAACAAUGUGAUAAAGUUUGAUGAUGUAGAAACAAAUAUUGGACACCAUUACAAUCCAACCACUGGAGUUUUCACAGCACCUAAAAAUGGUCUUUAUAUAUUGUCUUCUAUGAUUAUGGCAUAUGGAGGUACCACAUUUCAUUAUGAAUGGCGAAAGAAUGAUGCUGUCUUUUCUAACGGAUAUACUAACAAAACCAGCAGUGGUUCUCAAUCUCAGACAUUCAUCGUAGAACUGAAGAAAGGGGAUCGCAUUUACAUAAAGCACAGAAUUUCAAGUGGUGAAAAACUACACGGCGGACGUAAUUCUUAUUUCAGUGGCUACCUUUUACAAUAAAGGAAUAAAAACAU